AGCCGGAGCGCGGCCGGGCCGCGGAGUCUUUUUUGGGGGGGGGGGGGUUCCCCUCGUGGCCCCGUUACCCGCCGCCGGGGCCUAACACCAAGUUGUGGGCUCGCGGGUCAGCCGCCCGCCAGCCGUGGAAAUGUGAUAAGAGCCAGACCGUUCGCAGAAGGAAAUUUCUGAUGCAACUCUCCGCCGUCCCUGGUCGCCUCUCCAAACGCCUGCCUUGCCGCUGCCCUCGAGCAUGUGCGUUAUGGAAAUUAGGGGUGUCCUCGACUUUUGAUUGUGUUCGCCUUUUCUUGGGAUUGGAAGAAACGCCGACUUUGUGUCAUCUGCUCUGACCCAAACGGUGGGUAGCCACAGGUGACUCUGACCCGGUCCCGGAUCUCCGCGACGCAUUGGAAAGAAGGCUUUCCCUGCAAAGGUCGUAGCCACUUUCAUUCAAGAGAGGUGCAGAGAAAAAGCCCAAACAAGUAGCGCUCCUUUGGAGUUGAGUGAGCACCAUGCUGAGCCGGAGCAUGGAGCCGUGGGGAGCGCGGGCGCCGUGACCGUGACCGGCAGCUGGUUCUCACCUGGGUCCUCUUGGUCAAGCUGAGGCGGCUGCCAAACCACCUGAGCCCGGGCAAGCCCCUGACAGGAGCCUUCGGGAACUGGGGUAGCAAUCCUGUCCGGCGCUUAGCACAUCACUGCACACGUGCGUAUUAACCCCAGCCGAGGUGGAGGCCCGUCUCUCAGACCCCAGUGCCCACGGGCUGAGGCAGCUGGAAAUUGAAGAUCAACGUCCAGCCUUGGCCUCUCUGACCUCGCGCGGACCAGAUCCUGUUCCCCGGGGACCCCGCAUCCGAGCUCAGGACUUGGGAUUUGGAUUUGGGCAGAGCAGAGCUCCAGGGCUGACCGCACACUUGGCCGGCGUGGGUGACCCGAGCAAGCAGCUUCUGCUCAGCCUCCUGGCCUGUCUAGUGGGAAUAAUUACCGUGUCUCCACAUGGAUCGUUUGAGGACGCAAUGCUCCACGCAAGUAACGCGCUGCAGAUCCGUCAAUGUAACUGGAAGAAGGAGCCAAUGGCUUUAGCUGGCUGCCCAGAUUCCUUCUUGCACCAUCCGUACUACCAGGACCAGGUGGAACAGACGCCCCCCCUCAGUCCACGAGAUCUGGCAGGACCUGGCUUCCCUGCCCCGCCGGACCGGCUCACGAAUCACCAGGGCCAUGCCAGUCCCAGGGGACACAGCAGUGCACAGCGAGGUUUUAAUUUAUUGGCCAUAGAACACACGGACCUUUGCGUCCAUCCAAAGAAGUAUCAAUCCAUUUUUGGAAGCGAGGAUGACGUAGACCUGGAGGCCCUGGUGAACGACGUGAACGCGUCGCUGGAGAGUUUGUACCCGGCCCGUAGCAUGCAGUCGGAGACGGUGCCCCUGCUGCAGAACGGCCAGCACGCCCGCGGCCAGCCGCCAGCCUCGGGAACAAGGUCCCUGCAGGCGCAGCGUUCCCAGCCUGUGCACAUCCUCGCCGUCAGACGCCUGCAGGAAGAAGACCAGCAGCUCAGAACCUCGUCUCUGCCGGCCAUCCCCAACCCCUUCCCUGAGCUCUGCGGCCCCGGGAGCCCGCCGGUGCUGACGCGGGGCUCCUUACCUCCAAGCCAGGCAGCUGCGAAGCAGGAUGUGAGAGUCUUCAGUGAGGACGGGACGAGCAGAGUGGUGGAGAUUGCUGCAGACAUGACGGCCAGGGACCUGUGUCAGCUCCUGGUUUACAGAAGUCACUGUGUGGACGACAAUAGCUGGACGCUCGUGGAGCACCACCCGCACCUGGGGCUAGAAAGGUACCUGGAAGAUCAUGAGCUGGUGGUCCAGGUGGAGAGUACCAUGGCAAGCGAAAGCAAGUUUUUAUUUAGGAAGAAUUACGCAAAAUACGAGUUUUUCAAAAAUCCUACGAAUUUCUUCCCAGAGCAGAUGGUUACUUGGUGCCAACAGUCAAACGGCGGUCACAACCAGCUUUUGCAGAACUUCCUGAACUCCAGUAGUUGUCCUGAAAUCCAGGGGUUUUUGCACGUGAAGGAGCUGGGGAAGAAGUCGUGGAGAAAGCUGUACGUGUGUUUGCGGAGAUCGGGCCUUUAUUGCUCCACGAAGGGGGCGUCAAAGGAGCCCCGACACCUGCAGCUGCUCGGGGGCUUGGAGGAGAGCAGCGUCUUCUCUCUGAUCACCGGCAGGAAGCAGUACGGCGCCCCCACCGACUACGGCUUCUGCAUAAAGCCAAACAAAGUCAGGAACGAGACGAAAGAGCUGCGGUUGCUGUGUGCCGAAGACGAGCAAGGCCGAACGUGCUGGAUGACGGCGUGCAGGCUCCUCAAGUACGGGAUGCUACUGUAUCAGAAUUUCAGGAUCCCGCCACCGCGGAAGGCCUUGCUCCCCUCCUUCUCCACGCCAGUGCGCAGCGUCUCUGAGAACUCCCUCGUGGCAAUGGAUUUUUCUGGGCAAACAGGAAGAGUGAUCGAGAAUCCGGCCGAAGCCCAGAGCGCAGCCCUGGAGGAAGGCCACGCCUGGAGGAAGCGAAGCACACGGAUGAAUAUCCUAGGCAGCCAAAGUCCUCUCCACCCUUCUACCCUAAGUACAGUGAUUCAUAGGACGCAGCACUGGUUUCAUGGCAGGAUCUCCAGGGAGGAGUCCCACCGGAUCAUUAAGCAGCAGGGGCUGGUGGACGGGCUUUUUCUCCUCCGAGACAGCCAGAGCAAUCCAAAGGCUUUUGUGCUCACACUCUGUCACCAUCAGAAAAUUAAAAAUUUCCAGAUCUUACCUGGUGUGGCCCCUAACUCGGCGAGUGUUCUUGUGUCCCUCCAGUGCGAGGAUGAUGGGCAGAUGUUCUUCAGCCUUGAUGACGGGAACACCAAAUUCUCCGACCUGAUCCAGCUCGUUGACUUUUACCAGCUCAACAAAGGAGUCCUACCUUGCAAACUCAAGCACCACUGCAUCCGAGUGGCCUUAUGACCUCACAUUGACUCUUGGCUGAAGACGGGAGGAAGCUGACACUGGAACGGGGACGGGGGUGGGGGGAGGGGGUUUGUGCGUCGCCAAGGACCCACGUCUGUUCUGCACCCCGGGGAGCGGGGUCCGUCAGGGCCCACCCGCCAGGAUGGACUCGGGGCUGGACUCGAGGAACGAUUUGCUGCUGCAGAGCCACGGGACCGCCUCCCUCCGCGCCGGCCAGGUUCGCGGAGGCGGGAGAGCGCGAGCGCAUAUUGGAGGACAAAAACGGGAUCGAUCGUCUUGGCUGGGCCACGUAGGAACGAGAACCGGAGACACGUAAUUGGAAAUGAACUCUUGCCCUGGAAUAAUCUUGACAAUUAAAACUGAUAUGUUUACUUUUUUGUAUCGA